AUGCGCGUCACCACAGCCCUCGCCGCCGCCGCGUCCCUGGCCUCCGUCGCCACGGCCCAGCACAACUUCACCGACGCCGAACUCCAGGAGUCCAUCAGAAUCAGCGCCGACCACGGCCUCAACCUCGCACUGAAGGCCGACAAGGCCGACGCGGCCGACGCCGACACCAACGGCCGCACGCUGUGCAACUGCAGCACGAACAAAAACGCACCCGCAGAGUCCUACAAGUUCUGCCUCAGGAAGCUCUUCAACGCCCACCCCGAGGUGCCCGCCGACUUCCCGCGCGACCCGACUGGCGCGCCCCUCAUCAAGUGCACGCGCACGAAGACGAACGCGCUCCCCUCCGUCUCCUUCGCGAAGCGGGAGAUCGAGACCGGUGGCGACGGUGGCGAGUCCGGCGGCCCCGAAGAGGUUAACAACAACAAGAACAAACCCCGUCAACUCGUCGCCGGAGACGUCCUUCAACCCCCCAACCUCUCCGAGGAGGAGUACAAGGCCAUCGUCGACAUGCGCAUGUCCUUCUACUGCCCAGACGUCGACUUCCCCGAGCUCGAGCACCACUGCCGCUCCAAGAUCUCCGCCGCGCUCCCGGACUACCCGGAGGACUACCCCCGCGACAAGCGCGGCCUGCCCGCCGACAGCGCGCUCCUGUCUGAGGAGGAGGCCGGGGCGCUGGAGAAGCGCGAGCAGGGCCGUUUCGACAUCGACGGCUUCGGGGACGCCGUGACGCGCGGCUGCGAGAUCGAGCGCCGCAUGGCGGCGUACUGCCCCGAGGCGACGGACGAGUGCAGGAAGAAGAUGCGCGAGGUGUACCCCGAGUACCCCGAGGACUACCCCCGCAACAGGCUGGGCAUGCGGAAGAUGGGGAACGUCCCGGCCAAGUAUCAGCAGCUUUGUAAGGGGACUCCCCGUGUCAAGCCCGAGUCUGAUAAGACUAUCGACACGGCCUGGACGGGAUUUUGGUAG